AUGCGCCUUCGCCUGCUCGUGCUGCUCGCGCUGCUCGCGCUCGGCCAGGCAGGUCGCGUCGCCGGGGCGCGCAGCCACAGCUUGCGGGGGAGCUGGCGGGUUCGCAACGCGAACGGCUCGCUGGAUCUACGCGGAACCGUCCCGGGCUGCGUGCACAGCGCCUUGUUCCAGAAGGGCCUGAUCCAGGACCCUUACUACAGAUUUAAUGACCAGAAAUACAGAUGGAUCUCUUUGGAUAACUGGAUCUAUAUAAAGGAAUUUAAAAUACCCUUUGGCAUUAGCCAGUGGCAAAAAGUAAAUCUGAUUUUCGAGAGCAUUGAUACAGUGGCAGAAAUUCUGCUCAAUAAUGUUACGAUUGGGAAAACGGACAACAUGUUCCAUAGAUAUAGCUUUGAUAUCACCGGUGUGGUCAAAGACACACUGAACACCAUUGAGCUCCGUUUCCAGUCAGCAGUGAGAUAUGCAGCCCAGCAGAGCAAAGCUCACAGCAGCUACCAGGUGCCUCCUAACUGCCCGCCGAGUGAGCAGAAAGGUGAAUGCCAUGUCAACUUCAUUAGAAAGGAGCAAUGUUCCUUCAGUUGGGACUGGGGGCCUUCCUUUCCUACCCAGGGAAUUUGGAAUGAUGUUAGAAUUGAAGCCUAUAAUAUUUGUCAUCUGAACUACUUCACGUUUUCCCCUGUAUAUGAUAAUAGUGUCCAAGAGUGGAGUCUUGAAAUAGAGGCCUCUUUUGAUGUCGUCAGCUCCCAGCCUGUUGGUGGUCAGGUGACUGUAGCCAUCCCUAAAUUGCAAACACGGAGGACUUACAGCGUCAGACUUGAACCCGGGGAAAGGAUUGUUAAACUACUUGUGAAAAUUAACAAGAAUAUUUCUGUCGAAACCUGGUGGCCUCAUGGACAUGGAAAUCAGAUUGGGUACAACAUGACAGUUCUCUUUGAAUUGGUUGGGAACUUGAGUAUUACAAAAUCAGCAAAGGUGUACUUUAGGACGGUGGAACUUAUAGAAGAGCCUAUAAAAGGAUCUUUUGGUUUGAGUUUCUACUUCAAAAUUAAUGGACAUCCCAUAUUUCUGAAAGGCUCCAACUGGAUUCCAGCAGAUUCAUUCCAAGACCGAGUAACCCCUGACUUGCUACGACUCCUUUUGCAGUCUGCUGUGGAUGCCAACAUGAAUACCCUCCGGGUUUGGGGAGGAGGAAUUUAUGAGCAGGAUGAAUUCUAUGAACUCUGUGAUCAACUAGGAAUCAUGAUAUGGCAGGAUUUUAUGUUUGCGUGUGCCCUUUAUCCGACCAAUCGGAGCUUCAUGGAUUCAGUGAGUGCAGAAGUUGCUUACCAGGUCAGGAGACUAAAAUCUCAUCCCUCUAUCAUCACAUGGAGUGGCAACAAUGAAAACGAAGUGGCACUGAUGAUGAAUUGGUACGGCAUCAGUGUAACUGACUACCCAAUGUACAUCAAGGAUUAUGUGAUGCUGUACGUGGAAAAUAUCAGAAAACUUGUCACAGCAGGAGACAAGACACGGCCUUUUAUCACAUCUAGUCCUACAAAUGGGGCCAAAUCAGUUGCAGAAGGAUGGGUCUCUCAAAACCCUGAGGACACACAUUUUGGCGAUGUACAUUAUUACAACUACUAUGGUGAUUGCUGGGAUUGGAACAUUUUCCCCAAAGCUCGGUUGGUAUCUGAGUACGGCUAUCAGUCCUGGCCUUCCUUCAGUACGCUGGAAAAGGUCUCCUCUGAGAGCGACUGGUCUUUCCAGAGCACGUUCGCAUCGCAUCGACAGCACCAUCAGCAGGGUAACAGUGAGAUGCUCAAUCAGGCCGCGCUCCAUUUCAAGCUCCCCCGCAGCAAGAGUCCGCUACAAAUGUUCAAAGAUACCAUCUACCUUACUCAGGUGAUGCAGGCCCAGUGUGUCAAAAUAGAAACUGAGUUCUACCGCCGCAGUCGAAGCGAGAUAGUGGAAGGAGAAGGCCACACCAUGGGAGCCCUUUACUGGCAGCUGAACGACAUCUGGCAGGCUCCGUCCUGGGCGUCUCUAGAGUAUGGAGGAAAGUGGAAAAUGCUUCAUUACUUCGCACAGCAUUUCUUUGCCCCACUGUUACCAGUAGGCUUUGAAAACCACAACAUAUUCUAUGUCUACGGUGUGUCAGACCUCCACUCGAACUACAGGGUGAAGCUUACGGUGAGGGUGCACACAUGGAGUUCCUUGAAGCCUUUGUGUUCUCGUGUGACUGAACAUUUUGCCCUUAAAUCAGGGAAGGCCACUCUCAUCUACAAAGAGCCGGUACCGUCGUUGCUGAAGAGAUGUGGGAAUUGCAUUCGGCAAAGCUGUGUGGUGUCCUUUGACCUUUCAGCUGGCAGCCAGCGCUUGAGCCCAACCAACUACCACUUCCUGUCCUCACCCAAGGAGGCCGUGGGGCUCCAGCGGGCACACAUCACAGCCCUCAUCUCUCAGCACGGUGACACAUUUGUUUUUCAUCUGGAGACCUCCGCGGUGGCUCUCUUUGUUUGGCUGGAUGUGGGCAGCAUCCCAGGGAGGUUUAGUGACAAUGGCUUCCUCAUGACUGGGAAGACAAGGACUAUCGCAUUUUACCCUUGGAAACCCACCAACAAGAGUGAAUUGGAAAAAUCUCUUCAUGUGACUUCCUUGACCGAUAUUUACUGAUCAGAUUUACAGAUUGGAUUUUCAGUGGACACUGCGCCCAGGGUGGGCGGUGGGGGAGAAGCAUUUCUAACGCCCUGGCUGGAGAGGAAGGCAACCAGAGAGCACCUGAAGAAGCAGAGACAUGGGUUUGAGUGAGUAGUCAUUUCUGGAUGAAGUCACACUUUCAGGGCAAACUGUUCACUCUGGCGGUGUCCUCAAACCAAGUGUGCAGUAAAGCCUCAAGUUUAGGAGCAGUUGGUUUGUGGAAGACCGAGGGCCACAAUUGGAAUUCAGGUUCCAUUUGAGCCUACUUCCUCAAUGCCCCUGACUCCUGGACCACCAAUGCGUCUCCCACAAAGCCCAGAAAGACCAAGAAGAGGCAGCUUGCUUCAGGAAGAGUAGAUUAUAGCUGGUUUACAGAAAGGGGCGUACACAAAGCACUACUAGAAUUUGCCUGAGCAUUUCCUUUUGAGUAAAAAAGACAUUUAGAUAAAGGGCAAUUAAUCACCACUCUUUUUUCUUUUGGAUGAUGAGAGCAAUGAAGAUCUCUUGACUAUUGUUACUGAACAUUUGUACCAAUGAUUAUUCAAAAACCAACUCUGUGAUUCAGUGGUUUCUUUGAGCAAAUCUCGCGUUAGGUGACGGAUUGACUUGUCAUUUGUAUAUGUGCUGUUGAUUUUGUGAUGAGUGUUCUUCUGACUUAGAAGGAUGUUGUUCUGAUGACAUGACCUGCCCUUUCCCAUUUUGUUUUUCCUUUGCUUCCUAUGCCGAAUAAAAGUCCGCUCUUCA